AUGGCGAAGACCAUAUGGUCAGGGCAUCCCCUUGCCUCGAUCGACGUUUUGAGAGUUGUUGAAAGCGAAACAAUCUUGAACAUUCCGAGUGCAGACACUGCUCGAGCUCCAAGAGCUCAAGGCAAAUCAUCCGAGGCCGAAGUGCAUGCUCCAAGUGGAUUGGAUGAUAACGUAAUUCCACACCGAGCGGGCCACCAAUUCAAAAUAUCUUCCAAUUUAACUACUCAUCCAUUUCAACGCGCAAUUAUGCCAUCAAUUCACAAUAAAAAGACUUCAAAUUCUCUAGAGCAAGAGGGAAGGCUUGAACUUGCAAUAAAUGCUAUUAAAAAGCAAGAAAUAUCCUCAAUUUCGCGAAGCUGCAAGGCUAUUUAA